UCGGCUUGGGAAGUACGCACGCGCGGGGAGUUUCUGGCAGAAAGCAGGCGAGCCCGGGCCGGCGCGGAGCCUUGUGGGAGGGCUUAAGGAAGUAAAAUGGCGGACCUGGCGAACGAAGAAAAGCCUGCCAUUGCUCCGCCUGUCUUUGUGUUUCAGAAGGAGAAAGGACAAAAGUCCUCUGCAGAGCAAAAAGACUUGUCUACGGGAGAGGAGCCUCUGGGGGAGGCUGAGGCCCCCCACCAUGGCACGGGUCACCCCGAGUCAGCUGGUGAGCAUGCCCUAGAGUCUCCUGCCCCUGCUAGCGCUUCAGCCAGCACUUCUUCGCUUCCCGCUCCUGAAGCCCAGCUUCUUCCUUUUCCUCGAGAACUGGCAGGGAGAUCAGCAGGAGGCUCCAGCCCUGAAGGUGGAGAAGAUUCUGACCGAGAAGAUGGAAAUUACUGCCCUCCUGUCAAGCGAGAAAGGACGUCCUCUUUAACCCAAUUCCCACCUUCACAGUCAGUAUCAAAAAACAAUGUUUUUAUGCCAUCAAGCUUCUGCGAACCAUCUGCAGGCAAUUCUGACUCAGAACCAGAGGAAAAGAGCAGUGGGUUCCGGUUGAAGCCGCCAACACUGAUCCAUGGCCAGGCACCCAGCGCAGGUCUGCCGAGCCAGAAGCCCAAGGAACAGCAGCGGAGCGUGCUUCGCCCGGCAGUGUUACAAGCCCCUCAGCCAAAGGCACUCUCCCAGACCGUCCCAAGCAGCGGCACCAACGGGGUCACUAUCCCAGCAGACUGCACGGGGGCCGCAACGUCGACAUCACCAGACAACUCCACACGUACAAGUCCCUCUGCUGAGGCCCAAGCCCUCGAGGAGAAGGAAUCCCAGAAAAAUGAAUCUAGCAAUACUUCUGAGGAGGAAAACUGUGAGAAAAAAGAGCAAGUCGCACAGCAAGCAUUUGUGUUUGGGCAGAACUUGAGGGACAGAGUCAAGUUGAUAAACGAGAACACUGAAGUAGCUGACAUGGAGAAUGCUGGACACCCCAGUUCAGAAGCACCAACCGCAACCAACUAUUUCCUUCAGUAUAUCAGCUCCAGUUUAGAGAACUCGACCAAUAGUGCUGAUCCCUCCAGCAACAAAUUUGUAUUUGGCCAGAAUAUGAGCGAGCGUGUGUUGAGCCCACCAAAAUUAAAUGAGGUCAGUUCAGAUGCCAGCAGGGAAAAUGCAGCUGCUGAGUCUGGGUCAGAAUCCUCGUCCCAAGAGGCCACCCCUGAGAAAGCUAAUAACAUUUCAGAGUCCCUGGUCGAAUCGGCAGCCGCUUAUACCAAGGCAACAGCACGGAAGUGUUUGUUGGAAAAAGUGGAAGUCAUCACCGGGGAAGAGGCCGAGAGCAACGUUUUACAGAUCCAGUGUAAGCUGUUUGUAUUUGACAAGACUUCGCAAUCCUGGGUGGAGAGAGGACGGGGGCUGCUCAGACUCAACGACAUGGCUUCAGCCGAUGAUGGCACGUUACAGUCCCGACUAGUGAUGCGAACCCAGGGCAGCUUACGGCUGAUCCUCAACACCAAGCUCUGGGCCCAGAUGCAGAUCGACAAGGCCAGUGAGAAGAGCAUCCGCAUCACAGCCAUGGACACCGAGGACCAGGGUGUAAAGGUCUUCCUCAUCUCGGCCAGCUCCAAGGACACCGGGCAGCUGUACGCAGCCCUGCACCACCGCAUCCUGGCAUUGCGCAGCCGUGUGGAACAGGAGCAGGAGGCCAAGACACCAGCCCCCGAGCCCGGGACAGCUCCUUCCAACGAGGAGGAUGACAGUGACGAUGACGACGUCCUGGCUCCAUCGGGAGCCACUGGAGGCACCGGCGACGAAGGGGAUGGGCAGACAGCCGGGAGCACAUAGCGCCGGGAGCCGCUGCCCACGAGCCUGCUGCUUUGUCCGUCUGUCCGCCCGCCCACCUGCCUUGCCCCUCUGCAGCAUCGAGGUGCGGCGCUCGGGAACCACACUCCCCGUUGGGUUGGCCACAGUUCGGAUCCGCACGGCCCGUUCAGAAGCAGACUCGGGAACUGCCUGAAUGUGGUUUGGGACACGAGACCUCAUCAUAUUGAUGAGCAAAAAAAAAAGAACAUUUUUUUCCCUCCCCUCCUUUGAAUUGAAAUGGCACAUUAAGACUUGUCACGGCUUCUCACUGGGACACCUGGUUUCUUCCUCCCUUCCUCGUGUCGCCGGCCUCUCCCCGCCGCCGCCCACACCCCUGCCCUGUGGGUUCCUGCUGCCUGCCCAGGCCCCCGGCCAGUCCUCACAGGUGUGGACACUGGGCUGCUAGGUGUGUGUUUACUGCUCUCUUUAUCUCCUGCUCCCACAUUCUGAUUUGGGGCUCUUUUUUUAGAUCUUUCCCCCCCGGGGCUUCACGUUUGGUUCCUUAGAUUAAGACGUCAUGCGUCAAGCAUUUGCAACUCCAUCGUGGGCCUUGUCCUCCAUCUUGCUGUGGUCCUGGCCUCUGUCCAGGCCUUUUGAUUGGGUGGGGGUGCUCAGUGAGCUGCUCAAGGUGAGGAAGUGGGCAGACCCCCACUUGUUCCUCAUCUCAGGGGCCCCAGCCUAUCUAGAAAAGGGCCCAGUGAACCUGUGAGGAGGGGUCUUGCCCAUUCUGUCACUGUCACACCCAGGCUUCUUCCUGCUGUCAGCCACUCCUGCGCCAUCCUGGAUGUCAUUGUCCCCAACACCAUCUGGGGCGGGGGGCUUCUAUCAGAGGCAGGGAGUACCCUAGCCUGGCCUUUGGGGAAAGGGCAGCGGUUGGGUUCCAGACAACAGACUGUCCACACGCUCACAGCACACACAGCAAGUGUUGUGCCCACCCUCACCUUGGCCAUGGCUGAGACCACUGGACACCACCUGCCUGCAGAGGCCCACAGGGAAGGGUCCUGUGCACAGGGCACCAUGGGAUUUCAGGGGAAGCCGCCAGGCCACACCCUCAGAGUGGGGAGAAGCCUGGUCUCUGCAGCUGUGCCGCCUCCACCUCAGGUUGGAGCGUGCAGCCUGAGCCGUGGGAAGACACCAAAGGCCCUCCCAAGAGAUCCGGCCACACUUUUCUGCUUUAAGCCUUAGCCAACUAGUGACAAGUAAAACCAGAUAAUGCCCAUGUGUUUUGGAACAUUUAUGUAAGAUUGUCAUAUGAAAUGUAUUUGGGAACUACAUUAAAACUUUUAACUAAAAUGUUGGCCUCCUGCAU